AUGCCAUCGUUCCGGAUCAUUGGCGCGCAGGUACAUCAGCUAAACCAGUCUCUUACGGAAUUUCCACGAAAUCAAUUUCUCUCCCGAGGUCUGUCCCAAUCUGGGCACGAGACCUCUCCGCGCUGGUCAACCCAUUUCCUUAUAUCUACCUCUCUUCGGCGCUCGGUGCGUGUUGACGGUCGCGCGCAUUAUAACUCGCGUCACACCACCGACCAUCCCGAGCCCGCACGUCGUCCAGCCUCCCACUCUCGCAACCCGUCUCCCCCGGGUAAUCUGGGUCACCCGCAAGUGCAGCCCUCUCUGCCUUCAAUACAUGAGCUGAGCCUACGGCCUCAACUGCCCUCUCCGGUCCCGCCUUAUGGUCACCCGCCCGGCACAAGCUACCCUGUAGCCUCUGGAAGCAAUCCCGGUACGCGUCCUGUGCAGGAGGAUUCCGAUCCCGAGGACCAGCAGGAGCCUCCGAAGAAGAAACGCCGUCGCCAGGCUCUCAGUUGCACAGAAUGCAAGAGACGGAAGAUUAAAUGUGAUAGGGCGCAACCAUGCGGACCAUGCGCGAGGCGCGGAGAACAUCUCAAAUGCCAAUGGCACAUAAUAGAACCAAUGGAGAAGUAUGUCACACGCACGGAAUAUGAUGAACUCAAAUCGCGAGUGUACGAACUCGAAGCCCUUGUCUCGCGCAUGCGUACCACCGCACCUUCUCUUCCUGGUCGAAUGGCCAUGUCCUCGCCCAUGAUCGCGAUGUCGCCGGGCUCUCCGGCCGAUCCUAUACAGGGAACGAUGAUCACACCAUAUCAUCCGGGGCUUACCAGUGCAGGUUCCUCGGCAUAUCAUAGGAUGAUACCCCCUACACGAUCCCCACCUGAUCGUGGGGAGUCAUCAUCUGUGCGCGGAGAGCCCUCUUCUCGACCUGCGGGAUCGUCCGCAGCUCGCAGUCCGCCUCACCGCUCGUCUGCCUCCUACGUCUCCAUGAGUCGCCCCAUGCCCCCCGCCAUGCCAUCUACCGACCCCGCUCACCCAUCCGUCUCACCGGAGCGCUUGUCCAGAGCCCCUCAGCCCACACCAUCCUCGGAACCUGUGUCUUCCUCUGUGGUGACCUCCAGACGCGCUUCGCUUUCCCUCGCCGCAAUCACGACCCCGUUCAUACCUGACACCAAGCCCCAGAGCCCGCCAAAAAAAUACCAGGCGCAGACACCAUCCCAGCCGGGCCAGCGUCUGCGCCCAGCACCAGCAUACCACGGCUCGGCUCAAGCGGUGUAG